AUGCUGACCUUUACGACGUCGUCUUUGGCUGCUCUAUUGCUGCUCGCUCCUGUAGCAUCGUCAGUAUCAGUAGCUGAAAACUUCCUUGAAACAUUACGCACACCGCGCCCUUUCCACGCUCAGUCCUCACCAAAUCGCAACCGAACUUGCGUAGCCGAAUCUCACAACGAUCUCAAGACCGACGACGCAGAGAACAUCCUCAAAGCAGUCCAAGACUGCAACAAUGGCGGACACGUAAUCUUCGCCGAGAAGCAAACCUACACCAUUGCCUCCCCCCUAAACCUCACCGGCCUCUCAUCCGUAGACCUCGACAUCCAAGGCACCCUAUCGUUCCCCUCAGACAACCUCACUUACUGGCAAGCCAACUCCUUCGACCUGCAAUACCAGAACGCGACCUCCUUCUUCAUCCUCGGCGGCUCAGACAUCAACGUCUACGGCUCCGGCACCGUGCAAGGCAACGGCCAAGUAUGGUGGGACGAAUACGUGAAUAACAAGAAACUCAAGCGGCCCGUUCUCUUCGCCAUCGUCGGACUCGAAGGAGGGAGUGUGAGCAGCAUUAAACUCCGCAACUCACCGUUCUGGCACAACAUCAUCGCUAACUCGAGCGACGUGGUGUACUCCGGCCUGGAUCUGUUUUCGACGAGCAAUAACGGCAAUUUUGAGAAGAACACUGAUGGAUGGGAUAUUUACCGCAGUGAACGUAUCACGAUCGAGAACUCGACGAUUACGAACGGUGAUGACUGCGUAUCCUUCAAGCCCAACAGCACAUCCAUCCUCGUGCAAAACCUGCACUGCAACGGCACCCACGGGAUCUCCGUCGGCUCGCUCGGCCAAUACCCGAGCCGCAUCGACUACGUCGAAGACAUCCUGGUGCGCAACAUCAGCAUGUACAACUCCUCGGAGGGGGCACGCAUCAAGGUGUGGCCGGAUGCAUACUCGGAGAAGAGUGCAAGUUUGACUGGCGGUGGCGGUCGUGGUCUUGUGCGCAAUGUUACGUACGAUGGCAUGUUCCUCGACAAUGUCGACUACGGCUUAACCAUCACGCAGUGCUAUGGGCAGGAUGAUGAGGAGGAGUGCUUCCAGCAUCCGAGCAAGCUCAACAUCACGGAUGUCACAUUCCGUAACAUCAGAGGGCGCACCAAUAGGGUAUUCAGUCCGAUUGUAGGACACCUGGUUUGCUCGAGCCCGCAUACAUGCUCGGGCAUUCUUGCCGAGAACGUGGAUAUCAGGACGAUCAACGGCAGCAACCUCGUUACGUGUAGGAAUGUGGACGAGAGCACGCUAGGCGGACUGAACUGUACGGAUUGGAGCAAGGGGUAUAAUCCUGCCUAA